AUGGUUCCAGCUGGUGGUCUUUCAGGAGGUCUUUUGAUUUUAUGGAGGAAGGACUUGGCGGUUUUCUCAGUUAUGGAAGCUUCUUCCCAGCUAGUGGUGGGGAAGUUGGAAGUGUUGGGUAAGGGAAGUUGGAUUGUUGCUUCUGUGUAUGGAAGCACGGAUGGUCAAGAAAGGAAAGUGCUUUGGGAAGGUUUGGAGAAGCAUUGUUCAGCUGAUUUACCUUUGGUAAUUGGCAGUGACUUCAACUGUAUUCUCUCUCAAGAUGAGAAAAGAGGUGGGAGGAAAUUCAUUAUGACUCAAGGUUCCAAGAAUUUUCAGCAAUUUUUGAUUAAUAAUGAUCUGCAUGAGGUUAAGGCUGUGGGACCAAAGUUUACAUGGUGCAAUAAUAAAUCUGGUAGUGCUCGUAUUCUUGAAAAAUUAGACAGAUGUCUAAUUAACUCCUUGGCUAUGAAUUUGUUACAAGUUGUCCUUGUUAAGCAUCUCUCUCGUAUUGCCUCGAACCACUGUCCGAUUCUUUUUGAGAUGUUUAAAUAUGUGGAAUUUAGUAAGAGGGAUAUUCGGUAUGAGGAGGUGUGGGCCUCGUAUCAUGGUGUCACUGCUUUAGUGAGGAAGAUUUGGAACAAAAAAUCUAUUGGUGAUCCGGCUUUUAUUCUUAAUUGGAAGUUUUAA